CCUUAACCACGCCCCUCAAGGAGGGAGCCCUAUGAUUGGCCCACAGCCGUCAUAAAUUGGCCAAUCGCGCGCUCUCGGGGAGCUUUUGCGCACCGCUGCGUGCGCGGAGAACAUGGCGGAUAGACUCACGCAACUGCAGGACGCUGUGAACUCGCUUGCAGAUCAGUUUUGCAAUGCCAUUGGUGUAUUACAGCAGUGUGGUCCCCCUGCCUCUUUUAGUAACAUUCAGACAGCAAUUAAUAAAGAUCAACCAGCCAAUCCUACAGAAGAGUAUGCCCAGCUUUUUGCAGCACUGAUUGCACGAACAGCAAAAGAUAUUGAUGUUUUGAUUGAUUCCUUACCCAGUGAAGAGUCUACAGCUGCUUUACAGGGUCUCUCUACAUAGCCUUGGCGGUCCUGAAACUCCUCUUGCAAGAGCAGCCGUCUCUCUGGUCUCAACAAUGAUGUUUGUUUUUAAAAGACUUUGAAGUGAGUGUACUCUAGAUCCUUCCAGAGAAUAUAGAAUUGUCUGUCUGUCCAUAUAUGUAUGAAGGAGAUCACAGAAUGGAAAUCUUAGGACUUGAGAGUGUGAUAUGAUCCUCUGUUGAAAAAUCAUGUGGAAGCUGGCCCUUAUACUAAAUCUAACUCCAGGAUUGGGGAGACAGAGGCCUGCCUGGACUACAUAAUGAGCUUCAGGACAGCCAAAGAUAUCUAGGGAGAUUAGCCAUCUCAAAAGGAAUUAUCAAAAAUACCCCACCCCUCAACGAAAGGGGAGGGGGUCUAAAUAUUCUGUGGGAUAAUCGGAGCUCUCUAAACUGUAUCCCAAUGUCAUGCAAAUCUGACAGAUUGUCACUUUGUUCUCCCUUAGUUGACUGUUGAUAUUUAGUCAAAACAGGGUCCAUCACCUUACAAGGCUUCUGUCUUGGUGCUCUUUCCUCUGUACCUGGUCAUCCUGGGGUCAGCUUUCUUCUUAUUUGUAUAAAAGAAACCACAGGGGGUUGGGGAUUUAGCUCAGUGGUAGAGCACUUGCCUAGAAAGCGCAAGGCCCUGGGUUUGGUCCCCAGCUCCGUGGGGGUGGGGGUAGGGGUAGGGGUGGGGGAAACCUCAGAGACCAUUCCUUACUAGAGGAGGCAACUCAUCCCUGUUGCCCAGUCUCCUCCAGCCCUUGCUUCUGCUGUUUGUAAUCCCGUGGCUGGGCUUCCUACACUGCUACUGCUGUGCUCCUAGUAACUAGAACAGAGCCUGACAUAGCAGCAAUCAAGCCAUAAAAGUCAGUCAAAGGUUAACCAGGGUCUACUAACUGGUAUGUUUUAUUAUAGAGCAUAGCUAGCCACCAAGGCACAAAUAAUUAUUCCUAAUGCUUAAAGCUUCCUGAGAUCAUAGAGAAAAGGGCACUGUGAUUCUUUCAGGGCCCUAAGUAUUGCACAAAAAGUAGAGCACCAUUCUCUCUUUUGAAUAUAAAUAAAGACAUAAAGGAAACAUUAGCAGAUUGAAUCAUGAGUUCUAUUAAAUUGGGGUGUGUAGUGAAAUGGCUCAUGGUUAAUAGUCCUUGAGAACAAUGUAUAGAUUUGGCUGGCCUCAAACUCAGAGAUCUGUCUCUACCUCCCACCUGCUCACAUUAAAGACAUGUGCCACCAUGCCCAAUUGUAAUAAUCUGGGGGGGUGCUCUCUGCUUCCUGACUGCAUGCAGUGUGACUGACUGGCUGCCUGAAGCCUGAAGAAGCCCUCGCCACCACGAGGUGCUAAGAUUGUGCCCCUGAACAGUGAGCCAAAACAAAGUCUUCCUUAAAAUUUGUUUUGAUUUUUUUGAGACAGCAUCUUGUUGUGUAGCCCAGGCUGGCAUGUAAUUCCUUGUGUAGCAAUUCAACACCUAUCAGUCCUACCUUAGCUUCCCAAGUACUGGAAUUAAAGUUCUGUUUUUUGUUUGUUUGAGGCAGGCUUUUUGCUAUGUUGUGUUGUAUACAGGCUGUCCUUGAACUCACUAUGUGUAGCCCAGGCUAGCCUCAAAUUUUUGAUCUUCCUGUCCCUGCCAAUAGAGUACUGGAAUUACAGACCCGCACUACUACACCUAAUUAUCAGCACACCAAUAAAUAGCAAAGAAACUUGGUAUAGUAGCAUAUGCCUUUAACUCCACCACUCAGUAGGAGCUCUGAUCAAGGCCAACCACAGUGAGACCUUGUCUCAAAAUAAGAACAGCACAAAGCGACCUUUAUGAUAAAGAUCUAAAAAGGAAAAAGGAGUGGUCAACUCUGUACCCCUGAAAAACUCCCUAACUCCUCCUGAUGAAAACUGUGCUAAUAACAGUUUGGGCAGGAAAAGCAGCAUGUAAGAGUGGAUCCCAUAGAAAGUGUUGACAUGGUGCCACGUAGAUCCGAGAGACCCAGGGUGCAUCCUUUGUCUCUGCUCUCAGAACUGUAGCCACGGAUGGACUAGGCUCUCAAUGCACAAGAAGAGUGGCAGACAGUGGGAGUCCUUGUCCUGUUCCCCUUGGCACUUCUCUUUCAUUCAUUCCCAAAGAGGGCUCACCAGGCUCUGUUCGUGGACCACAAACUCUUAAGUCUCCGCUGGGGCUGUGUGGAGACCUGGGGAGAGGAGGGAAGCAAGCCUUUGUCCGUUGGUUGGGUCAGCUCAAACUGAUGAAUUCAAAUGGACCUGGGCCAAGUAGCAGCUAGGGAGACAAAUACAACCUUGUGCUUGGAGGCUAGACUUAGCCUAUUCCUCUUCCCACCGUGGAGUUUCCCUUGGUGAAACUCCAGCUCCUUGGAGACCAUUGUUUGCAUAGUCUGAUACCUGAAGGGAGGGACACAGUGUCUCCCCGUGCAAUAUCUUCCUUCCUGCCAGAUGGUAACAGUGCCAGGGGAGGAAUGGUCUCCAGGGAAGAGAUUUCAUGGCUCUGACCACGUGUCAGAAGCUUGCAGGAGAAAAUGGAGGAGGUGGAGCCUAGACUAUGGGGGGGUCAGUGACGCACAGGACCACAGGAAGACAGAGCUGUUGCGGGCCACUGGUCCUCAUUAUUUGUUCCUCAUCCCUAUGUGAACAUUGAACAGUCUUUCUCCACAUCUCACGGUUAUUUGUGUCCUUAAUUGUCCUGCUGGGGAUGAGUGGCCAAGCCCUGCGGUGCUCUGACUCCGAGAACUCUGGUAGCCCUGUAAAGCAUAAGCGCCAUGCAUCAAUAAUAUUAAAUUAAAGAUCAAAGUGUAGCACUGGUGAUAGAACACUGAGAGCAUUGGAAAAUGCUGACGAGGACAUUCGCGUAACACUUCGUUAGGUGUUAAAGAAAUUAAACCAGAGUUAAAACUUACCCACAAACAAUGCGCCAAGCUAGAGUUUUGGUAAGUUUUAUCGUGCAUUCAAAAUUGGUCUUUGGGGCUCAGCAAUUAAGAGCAUACAAUUAAGAGCUCUUGUAGAGGACCUGAGUCCAGUUUUGGCAGCUCAAAAAUCACAGAUCCAGGAGAUCAACACCCUUCUCUGGACUCUCUGGAAACCCGUAUUCACACAUGUUCACAAGUGGAUACACACACACACAUUCACAAGUGGACACACACACAGUUAAUAUAAAAUAAAUCUAGCUGUGUAUGAUCACACACACUUUUAAUUCCAUCACUCAGGAUGCAAAGGCAGGCAGAUCUCUGUGUCUGGGCCAGCCUGGUCUACAUUAUCAGUUUCAGGCCAGCCAGGGAUACAUAUUGAGACUCUGUCUUAAAAAUAAAGAUAUUUUUAAAAUUUUUGUCUUUGAACUCUCAUUUUGCACAAAAUAUAAGAAAAGCCAAUUGCCGAGAUUUGAUAGUGAUAGUCCAAAAUAAAAUUUACAGGCCGUUUCACUGAUAAAUUUGAAAAAAUGCCAGCAAAUCAAACUCUUUGGCAAUUAGGGAAUUGAAUACCUGACUGAAUCAAUGUUUAAUCUUAGGAAUGAGUGCAUGGCAGCUUUACCUUUAGAAAAUAAGUAACCUUAUAUUUGCCAAUUUAGGUGUUCGUUUCUUUUUUCCUUGCCUCAAGUUUAUUUGUAAAAACAGCACAGGACGCUGGUCAUCUGCAAAUAGUGUGUAGGUGGUUGUGUCACAGCAGUCCGUCUGUCUUCACACUGGCAGGAGUCUUUUCUAUGGGGUCUUCACAGGGGCCUGUGCACCCUUAGGAGCCUGGGCCUUAGCUGGAGCCCUGGCCUCUGCCUUGGUUUGAGACUUGGGCUUUGGUUGGCAGAGCCUACGACCCUUGGCCGUGUAGCUUAGAAUCCUCUUCCCAUGCAUGGGGUGAGCAUCGAUGAAAGCUGAGUUUGUGUCUGGGGCCCUUUGGCUUGAUGGCCUGAGGCUUCACCAGGGCCUUGAUGGCCUCUGCUCUGCACUCACUGCCUUGGCAUUGCUGGCCUGCAUCUUCUGCAGGCCUUUCUUGCUGUCUUCUUGGCAAAGUGCAUGUUCCUCAGGAACUUGGGGUCAACCCCCUUAAGAGAGUCAUAUCUUUGUGACCAGGGUUUCUUUUUUUUUUUUUUUUUUUUUUUUUGGUUCUUUUUUUUCGGAGCUGGGGACCGAACCCAGGGCCUUGAGCUUCCUAGGUAAGCGCUCUACCACUGAGCUAAAUCCCCAGCCCCGUGACCAGGGUUUCUUGAUGCCAUUUCUUUUUUUUUUUUUUUUUUCUUUUCUUUUUUUUUUUUUUUUUUUUUGGAGCUGGGGACUGAACCCAGGGCCUUGUGUUUGCUAGGCAAGCGCUCUACCGCUGAGCUAAAUCCCCAACCCCUCUUGAUGCCAUUUCUGUGCCGUUUGUGGGACUGGUUGUGUGUGGUGCGGUUCUUGGAGUUGGCCAUGUCUGCAUGGUAACCCGCGGCUCCUGCAGCGCCUGGGACCAGAAGAGAAAGAGAAGAUAUUCAUUUUUUAAAACUAAUAUUCAGUGAUCACUUCAAAAUACAACAAUGUAUUUUGUAACUCAUGAAAUCGUUGAUCCAGUUAAAUAUGAUAAUGCAACUUAAAACACUAAUAGAUUAGAAUGAGAGUCACAAUAAUCCAUCCUGAUGUGGACAAGUAUUUUUUUAUAUUUUUGGUUGUGAGCCUAGCCUUUAACAGCUGAGCCAUCUCUCCAGCCCGACAAGUAUUUUUUAAAAAUCUAUCAAAAAACUUUUAGUAAAGAAGAAACAGUAUUUUAAUACAUAGAGUGUAGGGCUAGUGAGAUGGCUUAAUGGCUGCUCUUCAGAGUUUAAGUCCCAGCACCCCCAUGGUGGCCCACAGCCAUCUAUAAUUGUAGUCCCAUGGGAUACAGUGCCCCCUUCUGGUGUGUAGAUGUACAUGCAGACAAAACACCAAUAUACAUAGAUUAUAUAAAUAAGUAGAUACUUAAUAAAAACAAAGUAUAAAGUAUAUGUGUAAACCAUAACACAUUUCAUACUGCAAGGUCAGAUCCAUUCUUCAGAAGCCCAAGAUCUAGAUACGGUAAUAACCACAUCUGUUUCUCUUUGUGCCAGUGACUGUCACCAAGACUUUAAAGCACAAAACAAGCUACAAUUGCAAUAUUUUUGAAAGUGAAGAAAAACUUAUUUAAAGCCAACAGAAGGAGCCUGAUGUAGGGUGAGUGCACCGGGGAGGCUGAGGCAGGAGGAUUUCAAAUGUGAGGUAAACUUGAGUUACAUAGAGAAUUACAUAGAGAAUUUUGUGCAACCAGGGUUGUAUAGGAAAAUUUCAAUCUCAGAAAACAAAAAAGUCUUCAGUACCAUUAACCACAAGGAUUCAAAGAAAAGCUGGAGAGUGGUGGCACAUGCUGUUAAUCCCAGAACUCAGGAGGCAGAGGCAGGCUCUUCUCUGAGAGUUUGAGGCCAGCCUGGUCUACAGAGCAAGUUCCAGAACAGCCAGGGUCACACAGAGAAAAAGCAAAACAACAAAAAACCUUCCAUAUCAAGAAGACCACAAGAGGGCAGUUUGACCUUGAGUUUGAGCCCUACCUGGGGCCCUGACAGGAGGCUGUUUCCUCACUGAGGAUGCCUGGUUAAGCUAGCUUGGUAGCAGUAGCAGCAAACUGAUUUCCCUGAAGUCUAACAGAAUUGAUCUUAUGAUUCUAUUAGAACCAGUACCAUCCUGGAAGCGGAAGCUCACGCACAACCAUCAAAUAUUCAUUUUUUCCUUUUAACAUGAAAACCAAAGUGUGCAUACACAUAUUGGUGACAAGGAAUUUUAAGCCUGCCACGGAAAGGUUAAGCGCUAGGACUGAAUGCAGUGUCACAUAGGGCACUCGACACGUGAAGUUACCUGAGUGCACAUACAACGAGUACCCAAAUCUCGCAGUGUAUCGCUUCAGUGCAAGGGACGUCUAACAUAGGAUCUGCACCUCUCUGCCAGACAACGCUCUCUCUGGCGGAACGCCGCUCUCCAGAACGCCGCUCUCUCUGGUGGAACGCCGCUGGUGGUGUGCCUUCUCUGAAGCUUUUUGGCAGCGGAUGUUUAGAAACCUCUUCAUUGCUUUGCUGUGUUUUUGUCAAAAACAAUGCAUGCCAUCAAAAAAAAAAUAAAUAAAAAAUCUGUGUGACUCUA